AACAACUCUCUGAUUCUUGCUUACGCGUUUUCCUCGAAAUAACAAGACAACCAAAAACCCGCCGUUAGACCCUGAAGUCCUUUUGAUCCUUCUAGCGUUAUAUAUUCUAUUCUAUUCUAUUCUAUGCAAGCAAAUAUGGUGGUGCUCCUUGUUGAAGGAAGGGAUUUGUUUUGAUGCUUUGAUUGGAUCUGUAUAUGGCAAUCGGAUCUGCAUAUGUAUUUAGUCUCCAACAUCAACAUCCCGGAGACCAACGCUUAUACAACAACGAGAGUCAGAUGAAUCAAAACAUGUCUGUUAUUGGACCCAGUCUUCUUCUUUCUAAUUCGAAUCCCUACAUCGCCACCAAUAAGCUGUAUAACAAUUCAUUGCUAUAUUCUCAAAGCCUUGAUCUUGAGCUUCAUAAACAGAGGGACGAGAUUGAUCAGUAUAUCACAUCACAUAACGAGAAAUUGAGAACUAUGAUGCAAGAGCAUAGAAUGCAACAAGUGGCUGCUUUGCUGAAAAAAAUGGAAUCGCAAGCACUUUGUGUGCUGAUCCAAAAGGAUGAACAAAUAGCACAUGCAGCAAAGAAAAUGACCGAGUUAGAAGAUUUUGUAAGGAGAUUGGAGGCUGAGAACCAAUCAUGGCAGAGAGUGGCUCAGGAAAAAGAAGCUACGGUACUGUCGCUUCAUAACACCUUAGAACAGAUAAAAGAAAGAGAUUUUUGUUAUUUUAACAAUGGGGUGGCAGCAGCAGAAGAUGUAGAGUCAUGCUGUGACGAAAGCGGGAGAAACAUGGCAUUGGAAGAAGAAACAGGGGAGAGCAGAGUGUUCAAUGGUGGGGUAAUAAGGGAAGCUGAACAGAUUAGGAGAAAAACUAUGGUCUGCAAAUGCUGUAAUUCUAGGAGCUCGUGCUGUUUGUUCCUUCCUUGCAGGCACCUUUGUUCAUGCAAAGCUUGUGAGGCUUUUCUCCAAGCUUGUCCUGUUUGCAGAAUGCCAAAGAAGUCUAGUAUUGAAACUUUGAACUUUUAGGCUCAUGUUCUGUUCUGAGACAACAAAGUGAAUACACAAAUUUGCUUAGAUGUUGAUAAACCAGCAGA